CUCUAGAACAAUACGCGAUUUAAAUCUAAUUUAAUAUUUACAUAUGGAAAAUAUACAUAGAUAUCAAAAGUCGAUCAAGUUGUUCUAUACCUAACUUUUUCAAUAUUCUGCGGGUUGCUUCAAAUUAUCUAAACGCAAUCAUAAAAUUGCGGGGGAGAGAAGGGCUGCUUGUUGCCGCGUGGUUCUCAAAAAGUACUCAAAAUUGAUAAAAAUAACAAAAAGGCUGCAACUGGUGCCUCAGCCGAGGACCAGCCGCCGCGCAAAAAGGGACGUCGCUCAAGAGGUUCUACUCCGGUUGCGGCCGUGAACAGUACACAGCAACCCGAUAACAGCAUUGCGACCGCGGCAAUAGUAACCAGCGUAGCUUCGACGUCACGAGCAGCCCAAGAACUUUUGCAAAGUUUGGCCGAGAAACCACCAACAAGCUCUAUUUAUAAAAUAAACACACAAAAUUGUGAAGAUUUUGCUGCUGCCGUAAAUAAGCGGAAUUCCGAAACAGCGCAGACGAAUCCAAUGGAAAGUGACCAGGGAAGGAUGAUGCAAAAUUCUUCAGCUUUGACGUCCACAUCGGCUGAAUCUGGCUCUGCAGCCGGUUCUUCAGAUGACUCGGCUUUGACUGGCAUUAAUAAUGUGACUCAAGUUGAAAGAAAUCAGGAUGGAGGCAACAGUGGCAGUAAUAGUAACGCUGCAAAUGAUCUCCCCUUUACAUCUAGUAGUGCUAAUACGAACAAUGCGAAUGGGCACGAUCUUAAACAAAAUGGAUUCACUCCCAACAACAAUGGCAACAGUAUCGUGGACGUGGAGAACAACCAAGAAAAAAACACCUUUAGUGGCGUACAGUUGGAUAAGUCAAAUCAAGAGAUUAUACGACUUAUAGGUCAGUACUUGCACGACGUAGGGCUGGACAAAUCGGCAAAGAUGCUAAUGAACGAGUCUGGCUGCUAUCUGGAGCACCCAUCGGCUACGAAGUUCAGAGAGCAUGUUCUAUCCGGAGAUUGGACAAAAGCGGAUGCAGAUCUAAAGGAUUUGGAGCCAUUGAUCGACAAUGGAAAAUUAUCGACAAUAGUAGAAAUGAAAUUUAUAUUGCUGGAACAAAAAUAUUUGGAGCAUUUGGACGAUGGCAAUCCUUUAGACGCACUAAAUGUACUACGCAGUGAGCUUACGCCUUUACAACAUAACAUAGCACGUGUGCAUCAGUUGUCGUCGUAUAUGAUGUGUUCUACCAACCACGACCUUUAUCAUCGCGCUAAGUGGGAGGGCAAAGGCUUUUCAUCUCGGGCAUCGGUCAUGGAACGGCUACAAACAUUUAUGCCUCCCUCUGUAAUGAUGUCACCACGGCGAUUGCGUACGCUUCUGCAACAAGCAAUUGAGUUGCAAAGCCAGCAUUGCCCUUGCCACGACAUGGCAUGGGAAACAAAUCUUCAGACCGUAUCAUUGCUGACGGAUCAUUGCUGUACCAUGGACGGUUUCCCAAUGCAGACUAUUCAAAUAUUAACUGAUCAUUGCGACGAAGUUUGGUUCUGUAAGUUUUCGCCUGACGGGCUUAAACUAGCUACUGGUAGCAAAGACUCUACAGUAAUCAUCUGGGAUGUGGAUCCAUAUAAGCUUACGUUAAAACACCGACGUGUAAUCGAUAGCCAGGCGCAGUUGAGUGUUAGCUUUGUCAGUUGGAGCCCUGACUCAAAAUUAAUUUUAGUGGGUGGCACAGAGGACUCCCCUGAUAUUUUUAUAUGGAAUGUAGAUGAUGGAAAACUGGUUGUGAAAUUCUCGCAAUCAAUGGAAGAUAGCCUAGCCUGCGGUGCUUUCAGUCGCGAUGGUACUAGAUUUGUCUGUGGAGGACAAAAAGGACAAUUUUAUUUGUGCGAUUUAACAGGUGCUAUCGUGGACUCCUGGGAAGGUGUGCGGGUCAAUAGCGUUGCAUUUCGCGCCGAUAACAAGACUAUUUUAGCUGCAGAUAAUCACUAUCGUAUAAGAGGAUACCAUUUUGACAACCCACGUUCAGACUACGAUAUCUUAAAGGAACCGCAUCCAAUUAUGACCUUUAGUAUAAAUUCAGCUGAUCGCUUGGCGUUGCUAAAUAUUUCUAAUCAAGGCUUGCAUCUCUGGGAUAUCGAGGAUAAAAGCUUGAUACGCCGUUUCCAGGGGAUACGUCAAAGCAAUUUCGCAAUUCAUUCCUGCUUUGGUGGCGUUAAUGAAAGCUUUAUUGCAAGUGGAAGCGAGGAUAAGAUUGUUUGCAUUUGGCACAUAAAGCGGGAAGAACCACUAGCAAAAUUGGCGGGCCACACUAAAACAGUAAACUGUGUAUCCUGGAAUCCAAUUUAUCCGUCCCUGCUAGCUAGCGCAAGUGACGAUGCAACUGUGCGCAUUUGGGGACCGAAUCCCUCUACCAGUAAUACAACAACGGAGAGCGAAGACUGCUCAUCAAGUUCAUCGUCAUCAUCGUGGAAUAUGGCGUAAACUGAUACUGAACUUGCGUUAAUUUGAUAAUAUGUACUUUUAAGCAACAUUAAAGUCUAUUUAGAUGAAGUGCUUUUCCCUAUAUAGACGCGAAAGUAUAUUUUUGAAAAGCACAAUCUAUCAACUGAAAAUUUCAGAAUAAAGUUAUAUAUUUCAAAACGAAAUAUUUAGCUUCAUGCGGAACCAUAUACAUAUGUUCAAGAAAAAAUAAUGUAGCGGAAAGCAAUGAGUUUUUCUGAAAUAAUCUUUGGAUGGGCUGUAAGUAGCUGUCCCUUAGAGUUAUAAAUUAAAUAAAUGAUACAAAAAUAUAA